AGGAGCCACCUGGAUGUAUCACCUGGCUGCUCACUUCCUGGUAUGGAUGGGAGUCUGCGUCCAGAGGAACAGAAGAGACAUUAUUCGAGAAUCCCAGGAUACGGAUUGACCAUUUCUUGGAUUCUAUGCCUUUCAUAGGAAGCUAUAUGAGCAGAACUUAGAAUACUACUACUUGGACUUUUCUCUAUUGAUCGGAACCUGUUCUUCUACUGGAAUAACUAGGGAACGGAGUACACGCCUUAUUAGAUCUCGGCAUUCCAGGUACUGAUGAGUCUACUCAACAAUGUUUACCUGGCUCUCACGUUAAGAUACCAGAUUCUGGUUCCACAAUUGUUCCUCAUCUACCAGCUGAUCUCCGUGGCUUUUGGACUUCCCCAUUGUGUGAAAAUUUUUGUGGGAUCCAGACAAAAUAAACAAGUGUUCAAAGAUGGGGAGGACGCCAGCAGCUUCCUGGGACGACGCUUGCUUUACAACCAGUUUGACUUUGAGAUGUUCAUUCCGGGAAACCUGGAGAGGGAGUGUUAUGAGGAGCAGUGCAACUAUGAGGAAGCCAGGGAGAUCUUUGAAGAUCACGACGCAACGAUGAAAUUCUGGAAGGAGUACUCCAAAGAUCCAUUCACUCAAGGGGUAAAAAUAGACGUGGUCGGGCUCCUCACUGGCCUAAUUUGCGCUGGAACGUGUCUGGUUGUAUUUGGACUUCUUGGUUAUUAUUGGUAUACCGUCUACUGUCUUCCAAGACGACACAGCCAAAUCCCAGAAGAGGAACAACAUCAAUGCCGUAGCAUCUCCAUCAGGUCCAGAAGAGAAGAGUUUAUUCAACUGCAACCCACUGCUCCACCUAUUCAAAAUGCACCACCAACCUAUGAACAAGCUGUGGCAAUGGUCACCCCAAAUGAAGUUCCACCACCUCCUUAUCCGGGAGCUGUAAUUGACUCAAAGAUCUACAGAAAGUCCAUGUCUAUUCCUGCUUCUCAAGUCCUUUGAACCCGAUGACAUUCAUUUGUGGCGGCGUGUUAUGUGAAUUUUGCAAAAUACUUUAGAAUGAUAAAGGAGAAGGAAGUCCUGCUUAGCUUCCAAUACUGACAUGAAGACGUUAGCUGUCGGAUUCAGUAUGCUGGGUUUCUAUAAGAGAGAUUAAAAACUGGCUAUUAUUCAUAAACGACCUGGAGAAUGGGGUAAACGGUUAAAUCUCUGUAUUUGCGGACAAUACUAAGCUAAGCAGGGCAA